AAGAAAAUGUACAUUAAUUAAGCACCAGCAGCCAGGGAGAGCCGAGAGGGCGGAAAGAGAGAGGCAAGAGGCAAACCCGCCCCGCCCCCGCCCCUUGCUACCCUCCAAAGGAUCACUCUCACUCAUAAACCUGCCUCCUCAGUCAACCAUCAACUCUUCUUCACAUGCAUCAUAGUAUAAAAAACAUUUCCAAGACCUCACUAAUCACUCUCUUAAUCUCUCUGUCUUUCUCGCUCAAUUAAUCUCAUCAUCUGCUGCUCAUCAUGGCUCAUUUGGCUGCACUUUCUCAGGUUUCCUUUGCUGUUCCUGCUGGGAGCGAUACCACCCUAAGGAGAUCUGCUUUUAAGAUUCAAAAUAUAAGCGUUGGUGAUAAAUCAUGGCACCCUGCCUCAUCUUUGGAUUUGAAAUCAAGGAAUACUGGGUUGAAAAAACGAUUGUUGGUAUGCAUGUCUGUGCAACAAGCCAGUAGAUCUAAGGUUGCAGUUUCACCUUUAGGACUUGAAGAUGCCAAGGAACCCCCAUUGAAUACAUACAAGCCCAAGGAACCUUACACAGCAACAAUUGUCUCUGUAGAGAGGAUUGUCGGCCCAAACGCUCCUGGAGAGACUUGCCAUGUAGUGAUUGAUCAUGGUGGUAAUGUUCCCUACUGGGAAGGACAGAGUUAUGGCGUAAUACCCCCUGGUGAAAACCCGAAGAAACCAGGGGCCCCCCACAACGUACGUCUAUAUUCAAUAGCAUCUACCAGGUAUGGAGAUUCUUUUGAUGGCAAGACUGCUAGUUUAUGUGUCCGCCGUGCUGUCUAUUAUGACCCUGAGACUGGAAAGGAGGAUCCUUCGAAGAGUGGAGUGUGCAGCAAUUUCCUCUGCAACUCAAAGCCUGGAGACAAAGUUCAGAUCACUGGACCUUCUGGCAAGAUAAUGCUUUUACCUGAGGAUGACCCAAAUGCCACCCACAUAAUGAUUGCUACGGGCACUGGUGUAGCUCCAUUUAGAGGUUAUCUCCGGCGCAUGUUUAUGGAGGCUGUCCCAACAUACAAGUUUGGUGGUCUUGCGUGGCUUUUCCUUGGGGUGGCCAACAAUGACAGUCUCCUCUAUGAUGAGGAAUUUGCCAAAUAUCUUCAGGAUAACCCAGACCAUUUCCGGUAUGACAAGGCACUCAGUAGAGAACAAAAGAACAAGAGUGGAGGCAAGAUGUACGUGCAGGAUAAGAUUGAGGAAUACAGUGAUGAGAUCUUCAAACGCUUGGAUGAUGGAGCCCACAUAUAUUUCUGUGGACUCAAAGGAAUGAUGCCUGGGAUCCAAGAUACGCUGAAGAAAGUUGCGGAACAGAGAGGAGAGAAGUGGGAUGAAAAGCUCUCACAGCUUAAAAAGAAAAAACAAUGGCAUGUUGAAGUGUACUGAUAUUGCAUAUUUAUGAGCAUCGAGACAGCAGCAGCAGUGUGGUCCUGUUAGGUACUGUGGCAUUUUUCUGUUGUUGGUCAGCAUCACAUGAACUUGAUUAGCUGAAACCAUUCAUCUGUGCUGUUAAAUAAUCAAAUGGAUUAAAACAAAUUAGAAACCUUUUGUUUGGUAUUGAUAAAUGAUUCUUGUAUCCUCUCAA